AUGUGUGACUCAAGUGCCUUUGCCCUUUUUUUUUUCUUUCCUUGACCUGCACAAAGGCAAAAGCUGCUACCAUCCUUUCUUUUUUUUUUUCUUCCCUUCUCUUUCAAGCCUCUCCCUUUCCUUGGGCAUUACUCUUCCCUUCUACCGUUUUCGCUUUAAUCAAUUCCGUCACUUCUUCCCUCCACUACUUCACAAUUCCUUCCUCUUUCGGAACCAUGCAGGCAACGGACGCUAAGCUCCAACUGCUGCUGCUGCUGCUGCUGCAAGUCUUCGUGGUCUCCGCCACUUUGCACCCGGCCGACUACUUGGCCUUGCAGUCUCUCCGCGCCUCCCUCUCCGACCUCCCAGGUUCCGCCUUCUUCCUCGCCUGGGACUUCACCGCCGACCCUUGCUCCUUCCCCGGCGUCCUCUGCUCCGCCGAUCGCGUAGUCGCCAUCUCCCUCGGCGACCCCCGAGCCCGUUCCCCUGGCCUAACCGGCCGCCUCCCCUCCUCCCUCUUCCGCCUUUCCGCCCUCGCCGAGCUCUCCCUCGUCCCCGGCCUUGUUGCCGGCCCCAUCCCAGCUGCCCUCCCCCCCGGCCUCCGCUUCCUCGCCCUCGCAGGGAACCUCCUCUCUGGCCGACUCCAACCCUCCCUCACGGUUCUCCGCCGUCUCCGCACCCUCGACCUCAGCGCCAACCGUCUCUCCGGCCCCCUCCCCGCAUCCCUUCUCCGUCUUCCUGAGCUCCGAACCCUCAUCCUCUCUGGCAACCGCCUUUCCGGGUCCAUUCCCGUCGGCGUAUCCGCUCCACUCCUCCGCCUAGACCUCCACGCAAACGUCCUCACUGGCUUCCUCCCGUUUCUUCCCUAUUCCCUCAUGUACCUCUCCCUCGCCUCCAACCAACUCUCGGGACGGGUCGACCGAGUCCUUCUCCGGCUCAGCCAGCUACGAUUCCUCGACCUAAGCGUGAACCAGUUCUCCGGCCCCCUUCCAGGAGACCUAUUCGCCUUUGCCAUAUCAACCCUGCAGCUGCAGCGGAACCAGUUCUGCGGCCCGGUCCGGCCGUCCGGACCGCUGGCGGUGGAUGGCGCUACAAUCGACCUGAGCUACAACCGAUUGACGGGCGCUGUUCCAGCAGAGCUUGCCCCGGCAGGCAGGCUCUACCUCGACUUCAACCGGUUCACAGGGCGGGUGCCGGUGGUGCUGGUGGACCGUUUGGUGGCGGGGCAGAUGCGACUACUCUACCUGCAGCACAACUUCCUGACGGGGUUCGACAUUGGGGCGGCUGUGCCGGCAGGCACGUCACUGUGUCUGGAGUACAAUUGCGUGGCGCCACCACCCAGCUCGCGGUCGUGCGCGCGCGACGCCGUGCCUCCGAGAAUGAGACCCCCAGAGCAAUGUGCCGCCAUAAGGAAGAAGAAGAAAUCGAAUUAAAGGGGAAUGCCAGGAACAGAUCAUUGAACUACUGAAGCAGUUUUGAGAAAGAGUUUUGAGUUCAUACACAUUGAACUGUCUGUCACCCUCAUCGUAGAUGCAAUACAAGAACUGAAGCAGGUUUUUGUUCCCUUGAUUUAGCUCUCUUCUUGUUUUUCUUUCUGUGGUCAGUUGGGACAAAAGUCAUUCUAUCUUUUGAUGAUUAAUCCUGUUUUGAUGAUUGAUCUUGUCUAAAAUUGAUAGAGAUGGUAUAUUGGGUAGGUGGCUCUAUUGUUGAUUGAGAGAAGACUUUUAACCGGAGAUAGGGUUUGCAAAUUGGAGUGAAGAGGGCUUCUUCCUCUCUACACACACCAAAGAGAGCAAACAAUGUCAGAAUGCCCAAAAUCAGCAGAGGGAUUCCUGGUGUAGGCUUUCCAACGCCAAAUGGGAAGAUGAAUAGUAGAUGUGUGUAGUAGAGCCUAGAUUAUUGUGUGUAACUUAAUGUAAUAUCGUGUACAUCGCCAACAAAGAGAAUCCUUCUUUUAUAUACCACCUCUCAUAACAUCCGCAACCAUAAGGUGACAGAGAAGGUUAGCUGUUAGAAGUUGUCGAUUAAGAAAAUAUGUAUAGCCUAGGAGGUAUAUAUCACAAUCUGAAGAUCUUUCGUUACUCGUGCACACAUCUUUUGUAAUUUACGAUAUUAAUGAGACGGUUGACGGAAUAUGUUAUCAUAA